AUGCUUACUCACUCUCUCUAGUGAGUGCACCACAGUGUAUGGAAAACCACACUGUACAGAAAAUAUUUUCAAUAUCUUCAUUCUUCAUCUUCAAAUAAUCAUCAUUAAUUAUAAUCAUGUCUAAAUCUUCUAAUUAUACUGAGAAGCAGUUGCAAAGAGCUGUUGACAUGUAUAAAAGCAAUUCAAAAUUAAAAAUCAUGUCUCUGUUGUGAGAAUUCAAAGUCUUAUAUAUCACCUUGUAUGGGAGGAUCAACAGGAAGAAAUCAAGGACUAUGAGGAUUCCACUGAAUUGAGCAUUGAAUGACAGCCAGGAAGAGACAAUUAAGAUAUGGAUUCAUCAGUUGAAUAUUAUUAAUGAGGCCGCCCGCUACAGAUAUGAGCAGUAUGAUGACAGACAAUUCCUUGCUAAUCUGAAGAGUGUCUGACUGCAAGCAUUCAAACCUGACACUGUGAGAGCUGGCUUUGCUGACCGCAGAAUGUAUCCAGUUAAUCAUGAUAUAAUUCUCAAUCAAUUGAGACCUCUUAUCAUUGAUGAUGCUCUGGAUCUCAACAUAUAUGAUGAUGAUGGUGAUGUAUGCAAUCACUUUACCUCACUAUCUGCAGAUCAAUUAUCAACUGUCUCCUUGCAAUUAACCUCUCCAGAGACAGUUGCAAAACUAUGUCACCAAAUCAAUGCAGCAGUCAAGACCUUAGAAGAUGUGAAGAAUACUCUUACACCUGGUUUGACAAGGCAGUUGAACAAGAUCUUCAAGAGUAGCAUGAUUCAGGUGGAAUUGAACACAUAUCAUAAGGAUGAACUUGCAGAUCAUUAUUAA